AUGAAACAACCGUUCCUGCUGCGCAACUGUGAACAUUCAUUAUUUUCUUCUUUGACCAUUUCGUCCAUCUGUAUUGCUGUAACUGAUCGUGAGACGGAAUUAGUCAUUGCCUUUCGAGAGGGUUCUUUGGUGGUCUUUGACGUGGUUGUUGACAAUGACAACAAUCAUUUCACAUGUGUUCCUAAACGGAGUGUGAAAAAUUCUUCUUCUUCUAAAACGAUCGAAGUCACACAAAUGUUUGCGAUACACGACUUGGAUUUAUUAAUUUGCCUCUUUGAUCACUCACACGAUGGUUUUAUUAAAAUAUUAUCUUUGAGCGAAUUGAAAGAAUUAAAUAUUUUGAAAAAUCAAAAAAAUCAACCAUUGAAGAAAUGCAAAUGCAUGACGUUGAAAAAAGAUCAUGGAGAGUUUGUACUCGCUGUGGCAGCCAGUAACCACAGUCGUGUGACCAUAUUUCGAGCCAAUUCUGCAUCUUGCAUGUUUACUUAUUCAACAGAGAUACAAAUGGAGAGAGUUGUGAAAUGUGUAAGUUGGAUGAGAGAGGGUAUUUUGUGUAUUGGAUCCGACACUGAAUAUUCUCUCGUAAAAGAUUUUGACCUUGUCCAGAAAAGGAACGAAUUCAACAAUCCAACUCUCCAAAAAUUAUCAUUGACAAGACCGCCUCAAGAAACAGCUUGUUGUGUUCCAUUGAAUGGAAAUAACGUCUACUUGUUGUGGAAUGAGACAUUUGGAAUUAUUGUAAAUUCAAAGGGAAAACCAACCUGCUCGAAAGGCGUUUCUUGGAAUUCAACUCCAAAGAGUAUUUCAUUUUGGAAAACUAAUUAUCUAGUUGCAUCUUUAGGGGAUGUUGUGGAAAUACGAAAGUUGCCAUGUUAUGAUGAAGACAUGGAGAGAGGUGCUGACUCUUUGAUUCAACACUUGUCGAUCAAGGAUGAUAUUAUUUCAACGAGUUCACAACAUUUUCUCGAUUUGGAAAAAUAUGUUAUGGAUGAAAGUCAAGGAUAUGAGAGCUAUUCUUUUCGUGGAAAAGAUCGACUUUUGUUUUUAGCUUCAACACACAGAGUUUAUGUGUUGGUCACGAACAAUGAUGUUUAA